GUGAACUCUCUCACACGCGCUCUAGAUGAUCCUCCUGCUAGUGUUCCUCUCCUGCUGGAGUAGUGUUCCGCUCCUGCUAGUGUGGUGUGUUUAACUCAUCUCCUGCUGGGGUGGUAUGCUUACCAGCUAGAUACAUGCCGGGGCAAUUAAAAAGUAUUGCCUAUUACUGGAUUUUGUGUUAAGGAGUGUUAACGAAACUCAGUAAUGCUGGAACAUUAAAACAUUUUAGCAAUGGUUUUUAAUGUGAGCUGAAAAUUAAAAGGACAAUAACAUGGUUCAUGAAAACUGGCGGCGGUCAGCCGUGUUCCCGAGUCCUCGGUUCAACAGGAAACUGGACCCUCAGUUCUCAAGUUCGGCCUCUCUCUACUGUCUCCAGGAUUACUCACCCGAUGGCACUACGGGAUCCAUGGAUCCCCAAGGGGGUUACGUUGCUCUACCUAGAGGUUUCAGUCCCACGUCGCCGCAGCUUUCUGGGAAAGGACACCUCGAGCGGCGUGGAGGUCCCUGGCGGGAUGCUGGCUUCUGGCUCAGAAUCAUUUCCCCUGGAGGAACUAAACAUUUGCAACGCCGAGGAGCUCUCAACGCAGACAUGUCUGUUAAAUCCGGCACACUCCCUAGGAACAUCAAGUACUCUGCCAAUACGCCCUGUAAAUCAUCUACACCUAUGUCUUCUCUCAAUCACACAGUGCCCAUCUCCGCUUUCAACACCACACCUGUCUCUACGUAUAACCUCAGCUCAAAAUCAACCACACCAAUACUGACUCUCAAUUAUGAGUCCCGCAAGCAGUCCACAACUCCUUUCAGGAACCUAAACUUCAGUUAUGAAGCAGGUUACAGCUCCGGGGUUUGGGACGGUUCGCCCCAUACACCUCCCAUGGUGCCCCUGCGCGGAGGCUUUGAGAGACUGACACCCCGGAGCAGCACACUUCCUCGAGACUUGCAGUGUUCUAGUUUCCAGAGCUCUCGCUGCUCACGCCGGUCACUCACACCAACUUUGGGCAGCAAGAAGAGUGGCAAGAGUCCCGGGGGGUCACCCUGGUGGUGGCGGGUUCUCUCUCCAUCCCUCGUGGCUCGCAAAAUUUUCUCAGAGCGGCGACACUCUCCGCGAUCACCAGCCGACGUUAUCAUCGAAUGGGUAUGUCAUUAAUAACAUUUCCAUUGUGCAUGAUUAAUAUUUGUAAGUCUUGUAAUUAGUCUGUAUACUAAAUAAAUACGAAAGCU